AUGAAAUAUUUGAUUAUCGUGAUGGUUAGGAUAUAUAUAUGUACAGCAUUUUCACAUCUUAAUCAACGUUUUCAAAAACUUCCUAGUUCCUCAUCUCUUCUACUUAAAGUUGCACUUUAUGGUGCAAUAUAUAAUGAAUCAUAUAUAAGUGGUUAUAAGCUAUAUCUUCUUUUUAGUCGGCAUAAAAUAUUUUCUAUCGAUUUAUGUUCAGUAUUAAAAAAUAAUUUUUUUCCAUGGUUAACCUUCGAUUCAUUAUUAAUCUGUCUCGAAUCACUUUCUAUUAGACAAAAAGUAGAUAAUUUAACCUCAAUUCUUAGUAAUUUAGCUUAUCUACCUCGUCUUUUCUUUUUAACUAUCGACACAUCAAAUAAGCCUGAUAAUCUCCAUGAUAUUUAUCGAUUAAUAUUUGCCUUACCAAAAUUAAAAUCGCUCAUGAUCAUGUCAAAUUAUAAUAGAAAAAUCUCAAUUCCAAUGGUUACUAAUCAACGAUUGAGUACUAUUGAAUAUCUUGCCAUUGAUCAUUGUUGGACUUACAAUGAACUUAUUUCUAUUAUGUCUUAUACACCUCAACUUCGUCGUCUAUAUCUCUUUAAUGCAUUUGAUUUUCAUAGAAAUAUUCAAACUAUAUUACCAAUCACAUUAUCAAAAUUAACAGAUAUUUCGAUACCUAUGAAUUAUUUAAAAUUUUAUGAAUUUGAAAUAAUCAUCAGAAAAAUAGAUGCGAAAUUAAAAGUUUUACGUGUUACUGUUCUAUCUCAAGAUGUAACUUUUCUUAAUGUUUAUCCAUGGAAAGAAUUAAUUUUAGAAUCUUUUCCUCAAUUGAAAAAAUUCUAUUUACGAUAUAUUGAAAAUUUUAAUAGAGAAUAUCAUUAUCCUGGAAUGCCAGAUCAAUUCAUUUCAUCAUUUUAA